AUGAACGCCAUUCUCGACAUUGCAUCUGCGCACCCCGCCGCCCUCGCGUUUACCUGCCUCUCGCUCCUUGUGAUUCUGCGCGCCGCGUACCUUCUCCUUCUCUCGCCUCUCGCCGACGUUCCUGGCCCGUGGUAUGCUGCGGUGUCGGACCUCUGGCUUACGACACACGUUCUCCGACUUCAGCAAUGCAAGACCGUACACGCCCUCUUCGAACGCUACGGUCCUGUAGUGCGCGUCGGGCCUAACCAGGUUGUGUUCCGGGACAGCGUUACUGCCAAGACCGUGUACAACAACUCCCGAUUCUCCAAGAGCCCGUACUACAAGAGCUUGACCAUGAAUGACAAUGACCAUGCCAUGACCUGCCUCGAACACUCCGAACAUGCGCAGCGUAAGAAGGGAUAUGUCCCCCACUACGCAAUCUCCAACAUCGCCCUCUUUCAGCCAGAACUUCACCAGUACACCGUGGACCUCGUUGAGGUACUUGAGCGCAUCGGUGGCCGCGACACGCCGGACACUCUCAAUCUUUUCCGCCAGUAUCUUGUUGACGUUAUCUCCUCUGCAUCUUUCGGUUUCCAUGUCGGCGCACUCGGCAAGUGGGCCAUGGACCGUGAAGACAAGCUUGUUACCGCCAUUGGCGAUUUCCCCAAGCGCGGCAUUCUUCGGAGCGCUCUCCCUUCCUGGCUCUGGGAUCUCUUAUGCCGCAUCCCCCACCAACGCUGGCAACUCUUCUGCCACGCCGACUCGACGAUGUCCGAGUUUGUCAGCGCGCGUGUGUACGAGGCCCGCAACCAGAUGACUUCUGGUGGCAGCCCAAGCCACAAGGCGCUUGUUCACCGCCUUCUCGAGCACAAGAUCGGCGCCAACGGCGCACCUAUGCCCGACAAGGACAUCAUCGCCGAGCACAUGGGUCACCUUGUUGCUGGCGUCGACACCUCGUCGACGACGCUCUCAUACAUCUGCUGGGAGCUGAGCCGCCGCGCUGACGUCGCGCAGAAGCUGCACGCUGAGCUGGACAUGGUCAUGCCCGACGGCAAGACCAUCCCGGACCUCAUUGUCCUGCAGAACCUGCCGUACCUCACCGCUGUGAUCAAGGAGGGACUCCGCCUCUACGGCGCAGCACCCAGCCUGCUCCCUCGCACGGUCCCGAACUCCACCUCGCGUUCAAGUGCCUUCUCUGAGCCCUUCGACCUCAUGGGCUACGCGAUCCCGCCCGGCACGACCGUUGCGACGCAGGGUUGGUCCACCAACCGCGAUGCCAGCAUCUUCACCGCGCCUGAUGCGUUUGCACCUGAGCGUUGGCUCUCCGCAACGCCGGACAUGGAGCGUGCGCUCAUGGCCUUUGGCACUGGCACGCGCGCCUGCGGCGGACAGAACCUUGCACAGGCUGUUCUUCGCAUCUGCGUCGCCUCGAUCGCGCGUAACUUCGACAUCGUUGCGCCCGAGCACACCGACGAGCAGAGCAUGGACAUCCGUGAUAGCUUCGUGAUCUUCCCUGCCGCCAUGAAGUGCGACCUGACUUUCUACCCGCGCCACCGCUGA